AUGAGUCGUGAUCAGUCUCGAAUUCAGAUUAGAUCGUCUCUGAGGAAACAUUCUCAGCGAGUCGUAAAAUCUUUGAAAACUAUAAAAAGUUUAACGGUUUUUUCAACUGAACAAGGCAGAGAUAGUGAAAAUUCUGCCAUUCGAUCUUCAAAAAUUUUUAGUCUGAGUGGAGCAACAACUGAGAGAAAUUUAGGUGUGAAUGUUCAUGAUAAAAGUUUAUCACCUGAUUAUCAGAAUAAUUCAGUGAGGAAAACAUUUUCAGUUUCGAAAUUAAAGACUUUAAAAAUAUUUGAUCAAGCUGCAGAAAGUAAAAGGAUUGAAAAUUCUUUAAUUUCUACUAAAAAUACCUGCAUCUCUCAGGAUGCCUCGUCUUAUGAACAAAAUGUCAAUGCUUCUGCUGUUGAAAAGCGGCGAAGAAUUGCAAGAAACACAACCUUAAAGCUUAAUAUCAGAGCUAAAAAGCAUUUAAAUGAUGUUGAAGAAGACGAUGGCACUGGCUCUGAAGAAACUUUUUUUAAAUCUAGCCCAAAGCAAGUGAUAGAAGAAGCCAGUGAACUGAAUCAUGCAAAGGUAAAACUUUUCAAGAAGCAUCAUGUAAAAGAAUUUAAAAUUCAAGAACAUGAUGAAAAUGUGCAAGGGCAUGCAUUAAGUGCAAGAGCCCAAAGAGUUAAUUGGCUAAACAGUGUGUGGGCAGAGACUAAAAGUCCUACUGAUUUUAGAAUUAAAAUUAGAGGAAAAAUUAUUAAUUCUUCCAGAGUGAAAAUAGCUCAAGAAAGAGCUUCAUCUAAUGCUGAUGGGAAGAAUAGUGAAGUAUUAAAAGGGCAAAUUGAAGAAAGAAAAAGCCCAGCCAAUAGAUGAACUUGGAAAGGGUCAAGUGGUGUAUAUUUAAAAUAA